GCCCUUUCCUGCAGCUGUGACGACGGGUUCUCCCAAGCUUCACAAGUACAUCAGAGCUUCAGCCCAAAAGGUGAACCCAAAAACUUCCUCGGAAUUUCAGCGCGAAAAGUGAGAGGAACUUGCCAUGGUAGACCUCUUCUUGGGCAAAGUCCUGGUGAAGAACAACAAGGACAAGGAUGAGCUGGACACGGAGCGCGAGAUCAUCCUGCGCCUCCAGAACCGGAUCCUCAUGCUGUUCUUCGGCUCGGGCGACUGUGAGAGAUGUCAGGACUUUGCCCCCACACUCAAAGCCUUCUUCAAAAAACUGACAGAUGAGUUUUACGUGGAGCGCUCGGCACAGCUGGUGCUGCUCUACAUCUCUCUGGACACCUCAGAGGACCAGCAGGAGAAGUUCCUGAAGGAGCUGCCCAAACGCUGCUUGUUCCUGCCCUAUGAGGACCCCUACAGGAAGGAGCUGGGGGUGAUGUUUGAGGUGGAGGACCUGCCCACGGUUGUGGUCCUGCGGCCCGACUGCUCGGUCCUGUCUCCGAACGCCGUGAAGGAAAUCUCCACGCUCGGGCCGGACUGCUUCCGCAACUGGCAGGAAGGGGCUGAGCUCAUCGACAGAAACUUCAUGAUGAACGAGGAGUUCGACGAGAGCAAAAUGCGCAGCAUGACGGACCCCAUCCGCCGGCUCAAAUACAAGGUGGAAGACAAGAAGAAAAAGAAGAAGAAGGACGACGAUGGAGAUGACGAUGAGAACGAUGGAGGUGGAGGGCCUUGGGGUUGAGACUGAUGUGGCGACACUGCGCUCAGAAACUCAAAUCUUGUUAAUCAGCCACAGCUCAGUUUGGGAUUGGCUGCCUGUCUUCGAUUAGACCAGUUGAUUGGUUAAUUGAUCUGCCAGAAAUGCUUCUGUUCAACAUUAGCAUUAGCAGUCAGACAUUAAGGGUUUACAAUAAAAUACAGCUAAUACGAGGCUAUAGGGAAAUAUAGCACUAUGCUGGAGCAGAAUAUAAGAAUAGGCCGACUGGACAAAGACUUAUGAAAAGUGGUCAGAAACAGAUUCCAGUGGCUGGCCUUUCCUGCAGAUGUUUACGUGUAAUAUUACACACA